ACUUAGCUCAUACAAUUAUACAUAUCCAAGCCAUGAUAGUAAUAUUAUGUACCUGCCACCCUAUCCUUACAACAUGAAGCCGGAAUGUCAACCUAAUUCUCAUUUUAAUACAGUCUUAAAUCCUAUGGUAUAUGCAAAUCCUGUUGCACCAAAUGAACAGAACAUACAGACUAAUCACAUUGAAGCGAAUGCAAUGAAUAAUGUACCAUCUGAAAAUUCUCACAAAGUACAAGAAAACCAGACUGUUCUCACAGAACAAACUGCAGAAGAAGUUGACACAAAGGAGCAUAUAAAACUAUUACCGGAUAUGACUAAACGGAAGAAAGGCAAAGGAAGGACAAGUACAUAUUGGAAUAAAAAAAUACAAGAUGCAAAUUUUCCUUUUUACGGUUGUACCAUUUGUAACAUCAGUUUUCAAAAGAUUCAGGACUUAGAUCAACAUAUCACGAUCCAUAAAGGGCGUUUAACAAGUUACGGUAUCAGAUUAAGGAAUAAAUCGAAAAAGAAACAGCUGAAAAAGGAGCAGAAGCCGUUAAAAAAAUCAAAAAAGAAAAAGAUUAAAAACGAAUUGCCAUUAGAAAUCAAACCAGAAGAUGGUUACAUAGGUAAUGAAAAGGCUGUGGAUUUUGUGCAAAAUAAUGAGAAUUUAGUUAAUAAUCAAAAUAAUGACGGUCAAACAAAUCAGGAAACGUUGCAAAAUGAAAAUAAGGAUUGUGAGAAAUUGCAAAAUCCUCAAAACGAAAAUAAUGGUUCUCAAAAUGGCAACAAUGACAAUUCAAAACAGAGUAAAGAACCGGAAACUGAAGAUUCAAGAUUACAAAAGUUGUUCAAAUGUUUUGCAUGUCAAAAGCAAUUUUCAUUGAGUUAUUACUUGAAACUUCAUGUAAGGUCACAUACAGACGAAAAACCCUACACGUGUUCAGAGUGCGGACAAUCGUUCAUAACGGCAAGCAAACUCGGGAGGCACAACAAGAGAAUUCAUUUAGCUAUUCGAUACCAAUGCAGGAUAUGCUAUAGGUACUUUUCAAGGUUUGAAUAUCUAACACGGCAUUUUGAUAAAAAACACGCUGAAGAAAAAUUAGAAGGAGAACCGUAUGACUACAACGCAAUAUUACCCUACCUCAAAGAGCUUGAAGAAGAGCUUCGCGAAAAAGCGGAGAAGGAACGGCAGAAGACAGAAGAUCAGAAAUCUAGAGGUGAAGAAUUUUGGUCUGACAAUUUAGGAUAUCAAGAGAGUAAUGUUGAGAAGAAGGAUUUGCCAGAAUUGCCACCAACAGACGCAGCAGAACAGCAUAUAGAUCUUCCGCUUCAAAAAAUCCUUCUAGAAGAAGCGGAACUUGGCGUUGAGAUCAAAGAAGAGAAAGUGGACCCUGAGGAGGAGCCACCUGAACAGGACUUUGUGGACUUCGCCGAUCAUCAUAGUACAAGGGAUGAUGAUAGUGACGACAAUUACUUCCCGUCCAAUACGUGGGCCGCGACGCCUAAAGUGGAAUUGCCACCGCCCUCGCCGCAGGCCAAGAAAAAACGGAAUCAUUACCCGAUGAAAUGCGAACUCUGCUCGAAGGUGAUAAAAACACCAUCGUACAUGCGCGUGCACAUGCGAACGCAUACCGGCGAAAAGCCGUACCGCUGUUACGUAUGUGAUCGAGGAUUCAUCACAGCUAGUAAGAUGCACCGCCAUGUGUUAACCCACGAUCAGAAUGAAGAUGGUGACCAAAAAGUAAAGGUUGAGGACACAGACAUUAAGACAGAAAGCGAAGAAAACCAGGAGAAUGGAACUAAGAAAAAGAAAGGAAAAACCAAAUCGAAAACGAAAGCCAGCAAAUUAAACCUUCCUCCAACGAAAAAGGGACAUCGGAAACGUGAACACUCUUGCCCGUAUUGCAACAAACGUUUCCUGCACAUACAGACCAUGCAAGUGCAUCUGAAAAGCCACGAAGGUAUUAUAUUUGUACAAGUUCCUAAUACAUAA